GCCACGGCCACGGCCACGGCCGAAGACUCUAAAGGAAGCCGACCUCUGGCCCAGGGUCCUCGGGAGGAGGUGCGCGCGACGCGGACUGGGAGCCCGGCCGCCGAGGAGCUCCGUCUGCCCAGCACCUCAUUCGCGCUGACCGGGGACUCGGCUCACAAUCAAGCCAUGGUGCACUGGUCGGGGCACAACAGCAGCGUCAUACUGAUCCUGACGAAGCUGUAUGACUUCAACCUGGGGAGUGUGACCGAGAGUUCCCUGUGGAGGUCCACAGAUUAUGGCACCACCUACGAAAAGCUGAAUGACAAAGUGGGUUUGAAGACUGUUCUCAGUUACCUCUAUGUCAACCCCACCAACAAAAGGAAGAUCAUGCUUCUUAGCGACCCGGAGAUCGAGAGCAGUUUAUUGAUCAGCUCCGACGAAGGGGCCACCUAUCAGAAGUACCGGCUGACCUUCUACAUCCAGAGCCUGCUCUUCCACCCGAAGCAGGAGGACUGGGUGCUGGCCUACAGUCUGGACCAGAAGCUCUACAGUUCCAUGGACUUCGGAAGAAGGUGGCAACUCAUGCAGGAGCGCAUCACACCUAACCGGUUUUACUGGUCGGUGGCUGGACUGGACAAGGAGGUGGACCUGGUGCACAUGGAGGUGCGCGCAGCGGACGGAUAUGCUCACUACCUCACCUGCAGGAUCCAAGAGUGUGCUGAGACCACUCGAAGUGGCCCCUUCGCCCGCUCCAUUGACAUCAGCUCCCUAGUUGUCCAGGAUGAGUAUAUCUUCAUUCAGGUAACAACAGGAGGAAGAGCCAGCUACUAUGUGUCCUACCGAAGAGAGGCCUUUGCUCAGAUAAAGCUGCCCAAGUACUCCCUGCCGAAGGACAUGCACAUCAUCAGCACAGACGAGAACCAAGUGUUUGCAGCCGUCCAAGAGUGGAACCAGAACGACACCUACAACCUGUACAUCUCAGACACCCGCGGGGUCUACUUCACCCUGGCCAUGGAGAACAUCAAGAGCAGCCGCGGCCUCAUGGGAAACAUCAUUAUUGAGCUGUAUGAGGUAGCAGGUAUCAAGGGGAUAUUCCUGGCAAACAAGAAGGUGGAUGACCAGGUGAAGACAUACAUCACUUACAACAAAGGCAGGGACUGGCGCCUGCUGCAAGCUCCGAAUGUGGACCUGAGAGGAAGCCCAGUGCACUGCCUGCUGCCCUUCUGCUCCUUACACCUGCACUUGCAGCUUUCUGAAAACCCAUAUUCUUCAGGAAGGAUCUCCAGCAAAGAGUCAGCCCCGGGACUUGUGGUGGCCACAGGCAACAUUGGUGCGGAGCUCUCCUACACUGAUAUUGGUGUGUUCAUCUCCUCCGACGGCGGAAACACGUGGAGACAGAUCUUUGACGAAGAGUACAAUGUCUGGUUCCUAGACUGGGGUGGUGCCCUCGUGGCCCUGAAACACACUCCUCUGCCAGUAAGGCACUUGUGGGUGAGUUUUGACGAGGGCCACUCCUGGGACAAGUAUGGCUUCACGCCACUUCCUCUGUUCGUGGAUGGGGCCCUGGUGGAGGCAGGAGUGGACACCCACAUCAUGACAGUUUUUGGCCACUUUAGCCUGCGCUCCGAAUGGCAGUUGGUGAAAGUGGACUACAAAUCCAUCUUUAGCCGGCGCUGCACCAAGGAGGACUAUCAGACAUGGCACCUGUUGAAUCAGGGAGAACCUUGUGUCAUGGGAGAAAGGAAAAUCUUCAAGAAGCGCAAGCCAGGAGCUCAGUGUGCCCUAGGCCGGGACUACUCGGGGUCCGUGGUCUCAGAACCCUGUGUCUGCACCGACUGGGACUUUGAGUGUGACUAUGGCUAUGAGAGACAUGGGGAGAACCAGUGCGUCCCUGCUUUCUGGUAUAACCCAGCGUCUCCCUCAAAGGACUGCAGUCUUGGGCAAAGUUACCUUAACAGCACUGGGUACCGGAGAAUUGUGUCCAACAAUUGCACAGAUGGACUGAGGGACAAGUAUUCUGCCAAGGCCCAGCUGUGUCCUGGAAAAGCCCCUCGGGGCCUGCACGUGGUGACAAAUGAUGGGCGUCUGGUGGCCGAGCAGGGCCACAAUGCGACCUUCAUCAUCCUCAUGGAGGAGGGUGACCUCCAGAGGACAAAUAUCCAGCUUGACUUUGGGGAUGGGAUUGCUGUGUCCUAUGCUAACUUCAGCCCUGUUGAGGACGGCAUCAAGCAUGUGUAUAAGAGUGCGGGGAUCUUCCAGGUGACAGCUUAUGCGGAGAACAACCUUGGCUCAGAUUCCGCUGUCCUUUUCCUACAUGUGGUUUGUCCCGUGGAGCACGUUCACCUCCGAAUUCCAUUUGUUGCCAUAAGAAACAAAGAGGUCAACAUCAGUGCCGUGGUGUGGCCGAGCCAGCUGGGAACCCUAACCUAUUUCUGGUGGUUUGGCAAUAGUACGAAGCCCCUCAUCACCUUGGACAGCAGCAUUUCCUUCACCUUCCCAGCGGAGGGGACCAACACCAUCACAGUCCAGGUGGCGGCUGGGAACGCCCUCAUCCAGGACACAAAAGAUAUCGCAGUCCACGAGUACUUCCAGUCCCAGCUCUUAUCAUUCUCCCCCAACCUGGAUUACCACAACCCUGACAUUCCCGAGUGGAGGCUGGACAUCGGCAGUGUCAUCAAGAGAGCGCUGGUUAAAGUGACCAGCGUCCCUGAAGAUCAGAUCCUUGUGGCCGUGUUCCCUGGCCUCCCCACCUCUGCAGAGCUGUUCAUCCUUCCACCCAAGAACUUGACGGAGAGGAGGAAAGGCCACGAGGGGGACCUGGAACAGAUCGUAGAGACCUUGUUUAAUGCUCUAAACCAAAAUUUGGUCCAGUUCGAGCUGAAGCCAGGGGUCCAGGUCAUUGUGUAUGUCACACAGCUGACAUUAGCCCCGCUCGUGGAUGCCAGUGCGGGACACAGCAGCUCAGCCGUGCUCAUGCUCCUGUCCGUGGUGUUCGUGGGCCUGGCCGUGUUUCUGGUCUACAAGUUCAAAAGGAAAAUUCCCUGGAUUAACUUCUAUGCUCAAGUCCAACAUGACAAGGAGCAGGAGAUGAUCGGGUCGGUGAGCCAAAGUGAAAAUGCACCCAAGAUCACACUCAGUGACUUCACCGAGCCUGAAGAGCUGAUGGACAAGGAGCUGGACACCCGGGUCAUCGGAGGCAUCGCCACCAUCGCAAACAGUGAAAGCACAAAGGAGAUCCCCAACUGUACUAGUGUUUAAUACCAGCAAGCCACGUGCUCAGCCACCUUGCUGACAUUUUAUUUUUGAUGACUUCUAUUAUUAUUAUCAUUAUUAUUGUUGUUGUUAUUAUUAUGGAAAAAUGAAAAUGUCUUUUUUACCAUUUGUUUAUGAAGGGCCCCCUUAUCAACAGCAGGCAGAUACUUAGCUUUGGGAGAAAGGGGCAUUCUUAGCUGAUUAAAAUGAGACAAAAAGACUGAGUGACUACACAUGUGCUAAGGGCCAAGGGUGCAUCUCCCGCCAGCCUCCUUGCUUUACUCUGCAUUGGUAGUGUAGACUCUCCUUUUCCUGUUCUGUCUCUAUCUCUUUCUAUCUCUGUCUCUCUGUCAUCUAUCUCUCAUUUUAAGUGGGGUUGCCUUUUUGUCAACUCCCGCCUCCCCAUGCCCUCACCCGAAUCCUCAUCAGCCCUGUCCUGCCCCUGGCACACACCCAUCCAACACUUACCAUCUCCCAGUCAGAGCUGCAGGAGGCAGGCUGGUGGCGAGUGCACACAGCCGCAGAAAGCGUGCGCACCUUCCUGAGAGCGGCCCUGCCUCGUGCCUGUCAAUAGUGAGACUGCGAAUGGCUUACUGUACAUAACUACUAUGUAAAUAGCUUUUUAUUUCCUAAGAAAUAAUUUAAUGUUUAGUAAAAAACAAAACAGGAAGAAGAACGAUGCCCAUGUUGGCUUCGGCACUCACUUCUGAGCUGACCCACCCAGGCCUGCUUGAUGUGCUGGGCGGGACACUUGCCAACUGUCUGUCACAUUUAACUGUCACCACCCCCCACCCAUGUCAUUGCUGGUUUCUGCUUCUGUAUAUACUGGGGGGCGGGGCGGCUUUCUUUGGGGCAGUUGACAGAUGAAGGAAGGACCCGUGACAUCAGGGUACAUGGGAGCCAUGUUUGAUUUAGCAGAGGCAUGCAGAAAGUUGCAGGAUGAGGCCCAGAGCGAGAUAUUUCAAACUGCACCCCAGGUGGGUUGGUGAGGCUUCCUCCCUAAGAGGAGAAUUUGAGAAUAUUCAUGAGACUGAAAAGAAUUCUUUUACUCUAAGAAGCCAGGCGGUGGAUCUAAAGACACGGAAAUGUAAAAUGCUCGUGGUGAAUGAUCAGGCUUCCCUGAGCUCAGAAGACCAUGUGGGCACAGGAUGAGCCCAGGCAGCUACUCCUGGCAAGAGAAGAGUUAGAGAGAUUCCAAGGAAGAUGGCUUUUGUGGAAUCACGAGUCCACACAAACCCUUCAGGCCAAAGGAGUUCGAGCCUUUCCUGAUAUUAGUCAAACAUGAUUUUAGCAAAGCUGUGCUAGUUGCCUGUAAGAUGUACACAAUUUCCUUAAGUCAGAUGUCUGCCUUCAGUUCCCUUCAGGUAGUGAUUGCCUCUGGGGCGAGUGGCUUUCUAAGCCCACACUGGCUUUUCCAGCACCUCAGCCCCUUCACAUAGUUAGCAUUCCAGUUCUUUUCAGUAGAGACCUCAAACCCACAGUGAACAUUGUUUGUAUUAUUAUUUUCGGAAAGGCCACAUUUUGUACCUGCUAGUUUUUGUGGGAUGUCAUUCGCACUCCUCUUUGUGAGGUAAAGGGGGAAUGUGACAGGGAGAGGCUGGCUGCAGCAUAACUUAGUAUGAAGAGUAUUUCUGAAGAUCCCGCUUUCCUAUUUUAAGGGUUAAAUGGAGCAGACAAUUGCAAUACCUGUACUAAACACUGGAAUACAAAUGCAUGAAUCAUAUCUAUAUAUACAGUAUAUGUACAUAUACUGUUCUUGGUUUUAUUGUUCCAUUUGAAUAUUUCUACUGUA